UAUAAAUAUAAGUAGCCAUCCAUCCAUCCCCCAGUCACACACAAGUUACAAGCUCUCAUUUCAUGCUUGGUUAAGCAGAGGAAGCUUUGUCUGAAGAAAAUUCCACCCAUUUUGUUAAGUGAAUCAAUCUACUUGUUACUAUUCUUCCCAAGAGUUUUCUUCAAAUGAGGCCAUCUUUUGUAGUCUCUCUUAUGCUUUUGUCUUUCUUUCUAACCAAGGCUCAAGGGAUUCGCUUGGAGAAAGGGUCUUUUGCAGCACAGCAACAUAACAAACAUGAUGAAGAAGAUAACUUGUUGAGAAGAGAAGAUAGCAGUGAUGAUGAAGCUGUUCUCUGCAAAGAUGAAAAAUGCACAGGAAAGAUAAAGAAUAGGAAACUUUUUACCACAUCAGUUUCUACUAUCCAUGCCAUUUCAAAGAAUGUGAAGAAUGGAGGGACUGAUAAAGAAGAGGAAAUAAAAGUAAAUAAGCAACAAGAGGUUCCUCAUGAGCACAAUCCAGACCUUGUAGACAUUGUUGACAUGGACUAUUCUCCAGCUAGGAGAAAGACUCCUAUACACAACUGACUCUUGGGAUGAUCAACUAGAAAAACAGACCGCUUCAGUUUAGCAUAAAUAAAAUAUUGGCAGAGAAGUUGGACAGCAUUGCAGAAAUGCUGCAAUUUUUUAGGCUUAAGAAUGAUUUGUAUAUUAUAUAUUCUAUCAUCUAUUAUGAUAUAUUUUUUAUGAUAUCUGCUUUUAUGAUUGUAUCAUGAGUACUAUAUAGAACAAUAUAUAAUUCUCGAGGCAUAAUUAAUCAAAAAAAUUAGAUAUGUUACAUUAA